AUUAAAAUUAAGCCGGUCAACUUUUGGCGGAACCAUCGAUAGUAUCGACUGUGACAGUAGGGAUACGGUACUCUGCGCUUUAAAGCCAUUAUGGAAACGCUAAAUAUAUUUCCACGAUGCAGCAGUAUUCACUGCAACAUGGUCAUUCUACGCUACUACGAUGUGGAGGCCUACGACGAAGCCGAGCAGCAGAGUGUUCUGCGCCGUUUGCAGAAGGAGGACCCCAGUGUGGUUUCCGUGCAAAUGGAACGCUGCUAUCACCUGGAGUACACCACUGAGUUGAACCACGCCAUGCCGCUGGAUGAGCUGCUCAUCUGGCUGGUCAAGCAGCCCAUGGACAGCGGCAAGAGUCUGACUAAGCAGCCCGUAUUAAAGUUGGAUAAAAAGGAGCGGGAACUGCUCUUGGAGAUUGGUCCCCGCUUCAACUUCUCCACGCCAUAUUCGACAAACUGUGUGAACAUCUUCCACAAUCUCGGCUACACCGAGGUGCAGCGCAUGGAGUCCUCGACCCGUUAUCUGCUGACCUUUGGCUACGAUGGGCCAAGGGAGCUGUCCAAGUACGCGCUGAUGCUGGGAGAUCGCAUGACACACUGUCUGUACACAGCGGAGAAUAUUCCGAAAGUGAGCUUCGUUGAGCAGCUACCGAGGGGGCAGGCCGACUGGCACUUUGUUCCCGUUUUGGAGCAGGGUCGAGCCGCUCUGCAGAAAAUUAACCAAGAGCUGGGCCUGGCCUUUAACGAUUACGACCUGGACUACUACCAAGAUCUGUUCGGCACGACCCUGAAGCGCAAUCCGACCACUGUGGAGCUGUUCGACUGUGCGCAGAGCAACAGCGAGCACUCCAGGCAUUGGUUCUUUCGCGGUCGCAUGGUGAUUGACGGCGUGGAGCAGCCAAAGUCCCUCAUACGCAUGAUAAUGGACACCCAGGAGCACACGAAUCCCAACAACACAAUCAAAUUCAGCGACAACAGCAGCGCCAUGCAGGGCUUCAAGCACGACACCCUGCAGCCAUCCACAGUGUCAUCGCCCGGACCGGUUCGCCUGGCGACUGUCCAAUCGGAUCUGAUCUUCACAGCCGAGACCCACAAUAUGCCCACGGCUGUGGCGCCAUUCAGUGGUGCCACCACCGGCACUGGCGGUCGACUGCGCGACGUUCAAGGCGUGGGCAGAGGAGGUAUACCCAUUGCAGGAACUGCCGGCUAUUGCGUGGGUGCUCUUCACAUUCCAGGCUAUAAGCAGCCCUACGAAACUGCGGCUUUCAAAUAUCCCUCCACGUUUGCAUCACCGCUGCAGAUCCUCAUUGAGGCCAGCAAUGGCGCCUCCGACUAUGGCAACAAGUUCGGAGAGCCUGUGAUUUCUGGCUUUGCGCUGUCCUAUGGCCUCAAGAACGCUGCAGAUGCCAGCCAGCGGGAUGAGUAUGUGAAGCCGAUCAUGUUCAGCGGCGGACUGGGCACCAUGCCCGCCGCCAUGCGUGAGAAGCUGCCGCCAGCUCGCGGUCAACUGCUGGCCAAGAUCGGCGGACCGGUCUAUAGGAUUGGUGUGGGCGGCGGUGCGGCCAGCUCGGUGGAGGUACAGGGCUCCGGUGACGCCGAAUUGGAUUUCAAUGCCGUGCAGCGGGGCGAUGCCGAAAUGGAGAAUAAGCUGAAUCGCGUCGUGCGUGCCUGUCUGGAGAUGGGCGAACGUAAUCCCAUUCUGGCCAUACACGAUCAGGGAGCCGGCGGCAAUGGCAAUGUGCUGAAGGAGCUGGUGGAGCCGGGCUUCGCUGGUGCCAUAAUAUUCUCGAAGGAAUUCCAGCUGGGUGAUCCCACCAUUACGGCGCUGGAGCUUUGGGGCGCCGAGUACCAGGAGAACAAUGCCAUACUCUGCAAAGCCGAGCACCGUGGGAUCUUGGAAAGGAUUUGCAAGCGUGAACGCUGCCCCAUUAGCUUUGUGGGCGUGGUCACAGGCGAUGGACGCGUCACAUUGCUGGAAGCGGCCGCUCCAAAGGAUCUCGAGGAGGCGCUCACAGCCGUAAGUGGAGUACCGGCUCCAUUUGACUUGGAACUGAAGCAUGUCCUGGGUGACAUGCCCAAGAGGACAUACGAUUUGACGCGGGAGGUGACACAACUGCAGGAUCUGGUGCUACCCACGGAUAUACGCUUGGACGAAGCCCUGGAGAGGGUGCUCAGCUUGGUGGCGGUGGGCAGCAAACGCUUCCUCACGAACAAAGUGGAUCGCUGUGUCGGCGGACUGAUUGCCCAGCAGCAGUGUGUGGGUCCCCUGCAGGCCCCACUGGCCGACUACGGCCUGACCACAGUGUCCCACUUCAGCACCUCGGGCAUCGCCACCUCCAUAGGCACACAGCCGCUCAAGGGACUGCUCGAUCCCGCUGCCAUGGCCAGAAUGAGUGUGGCCGAGGCUCUGAGUAAUCUCGUAUUUGUGAAGAUCAGCGAACUGGCGGACGUCAAGUGCUCUGGCAACUGGAUGUGGGCUGCAAAGCUGCCCGGCGAGGGAGCCAAAAUGUACGACGCGUGCCAGGAACUCUGCCAGAUUCUCGAGGAGCUGCACAUUGCCAUCGAUGGCGGCAAGGACUCCUUGUCCAUGGCCGCCAAAGUGGGCGGAGAGACAAUUAAAUCUCCGGGCACUCUGGUCAUAUCCACAUACGCUCCGUGUCCCGAUGUCAAGCUAAAAGCCACACCCGACCUCAAGGGUCCCGCCGCGGGCAAGAGCACAGUCCUGCUGUGGAUCAACAUCGAGGGAUGCCUCCGACUGGGUGGCUCUGCACUGGCACAGGCCUACGCCCAGCAGGGCAGCGAGUCACCGAAUCUGGUGCGGAGCGAUGUGCUGGCCCAGGCCUUUGCUGUCACUCAAUCAUUGCUGGGCCAAGGUCGCAUCCUGGCUGGUCAUGAUAUCAGCGAUGGAGGUCUGCUCGUAUGCCUCAUAGAGAUGGCCAUUGGCGGUCUGAGCGGUCUGGAAGUGGACAUAGCCGAACCGAUGGCGAAGAUUGAGAAAUAUGAUGAGGCUGCCAAUCGGAUCGAACGCCCUGAGCUGGCGCUGUUCUUUGCCGAGGAAUGUGGCUGGGUUGUGGAGCUCCUCGAGUCGGACUUGAAGAGCGUUCGUUCCAUCUACAGCGACGCUGGCGUGCCCAACUAUUAUCUGGGUGCAACCAAAGGAUUUGGACUCGACUCCAGAGUGGUCAUCAGAGAGGGAGCCACCUCCGAUCAGCUGCUGCUGGCUCAGCCCCUGCGGCAGCUCUACAGACAGUGGGAAUGCACCAGCUACGAGUUGGAGAAGCUUCAGGCCAACUCCAUUUGUGCCCAGGCGGAAUACGACAGUCUGGACUAUCGUCAGGCGCCCAAGUACAAGGGACCCGUGAAUCUCAGCUCCGAGCUGGCCCUGGCACGCUCUUCCCAGAAGAUUCGCGUGGCUGUCAUACGGGAGGAGGGCGUCAACAGUGAACGUGAGAUGAUGGCCUGCCUGCUGAAGGCAAACUUCGAGGUACACGAUGUCACCAUGUCAGAUCUUAUAGGAGGUUCCGCCACCUUGUCUCAGUAUCGAGGUGUCAUUUUCCCGGGAGGCUUCAGCUAUGCUGAUACUCUGGGCUCGGCCAAGGGCUGGGCUGCCAACAUUCUGCACAGUCGCCUGCUGCAGCCGCAGUUUGAGGCCUUCAAGCAGCGCCAGGACGUCUUCUCGUUGGGCAUUUGCAAUGGCUGCCAAUUGAUGACUCUAAUUGGCUUUGUGGGCCGUCCAGCAGGCAGCUCGGCUGGCGUAGAUCCCGAUGUGGCCUUGCUGCACAAUCGCUCGCAGCGUUUUGAGUGCCGCUGGUCCACCGUCAAGAUACCAGCCAAUCGCUCAAUUAUGAUGUCCAAUAUGCAGGAUCUGGUGCUGGGCUGUUGGGUGGCCCAUGGCGAGGGACGCUUUGCCUUCCGCUCGGAGAAGCUGAUAGACCAGCUGCAGGCCGAGCAGCUGGUGACACUGCAGUAUGUGGACGACGUUGGUACACCCACAGAACUGUAUCCGAUGAAUCCCAAUGGCAGUCCCCAGGGCAUUGCGGGUCUCUGCUCGCCGGAUGGUCGCCAUCUGGCACUAAUGCCACAUCCAGAGCGCUGCAGCACCAUGUACCAGUGGCCGUACGUGCCGCCCAACUUCGAGGUGGCUGCCACACAGGACGAGAGUCCAUGGCAGCUGAUGUUCAACAAUGCCUACAACUGGUGUGUGCAGUCCAGCGAGCAUUAAACAUGCAGAAACGCAUACGAAAAACACAUUCAAAAUACAUUAAAUGUAUUUCUAAUCCAGCUUACGAGCACACUAUAUACAGAGUAUAUCAACCUACACAUAACUUAUCACGAAAUAUGAAAUAUGAACAAUUAUAUAGAGAGGAGAAAUAAGCCCAAUGAAUAAUCCGAAGCCUAAUGCGAAAUUUGUAGCAAGCAUUUAAGAUAGUUCGCCUUGGCACCCGGUGCCAUCAAGUACUUGGAGUUCCAGUCGUGCUCGUUUAUGUGCAGCACCUUGUAGCCCAUCAUCUCCAGAUGCUUCAUCUUCAGCGAUUCGGGACCCCGCAGCGCAGUCAGAUCGUUCUCGCAGAAGGAGUCCAAUCUCAGCAGCAAUAUUGCUACCCUGCAAACAAAACAAAAAGAGAAAUCGGUAUGUAGAGAGUUUUGGCUAAAUUUUAAAUAUUUAAAUGCUAUGCGCACUUGGUUAUGCGAUCCAACAUGGUGGCCUCGACUGGUGGUGCUGGCAUGGGUUUCUUGUCCCGAUCGAAAUGUAUCACAAAAUCAAUCUGAUAGCCAUAGGGCGUGGUGUGAUUGCAGCGGAAAUACUUAUCCUCCUUGAGUAAACCCUUCA